CUCUGAGGGUUUGGAGUAGGAGGACGGGGGAUUGGACUAGGAACUGCUAGAGUGGGUAAAUGUGCCCACCACUUUGAUUUCCUUACGUUCUGAUGGGAUAGAGCCUGCUUCAGACUGUGUGCCAUGGGCAACGCGGCCAUGUGUAAGGUGUGUGGCUCGGACAAAGGGCUCAGGCUGGCCGGGAGUCAGUCCAACUUGGACCAGAAUGCUGAGUUCUACUGCGCGGAGCAUUUUCCUCUGCAGCCCCCACUGAUGCUGUCGGACAGUAACACCAGUUUCCUGCGAGCAGCAAGGGCAGGAAACAUCGACAAAGUUUUGGAAUAUCUGAAAGGGGGAGUGGACAUCAGCACCUGUAAUCAGAAUGGUCUUAAUGCACUGCACCUGGCAGCCAAGGAAGGCCACGUGGACCUGGUCCAGGAGCUGCUGGAGCGAGGGUCAGCAGUGGACUCAGCCACAAAGAAAGGAAACACAGCACUCCACAUAGCUUCCCUGGCUGGUCAGGCUGAAGUAGUGAAGAUCCUGGUCAAACGUGGAGCCGACAUCAACUCACAGUCUCAGAAUGGAUUCACUCCUCUGUACAUGGCUGCCCAAGAGAAUCACCUGGAUGUCGUGCGAUACCUUCUGGAAAAUGGAGGCAACCAGAGCACUGCUACAGAGGAUGGCUUCACCCCACUGGCCAUCGCCCUCCAGCAGGGCCACAACCAAGUGGUUUCUAUCUUACUGGAGAAUGACACUAAAGGCAAAGUCCGUCUGCCUGCCCUACACAUUGCCGCCCGCAAGGAUGACACCAAGUCAGCCGCCCUGCUCCUCCAGAACGAUCACAACGCUGAUGUUCAGUCAAAGAUGAUGGUCAAUAGGACUACUGAGAAUGGCAAGAGUGGAUUCACCCCGCUGCAUAUCGCUGCUCACUAUGGGAAUGUCAAUGUGGCCACGCUCCUGCUCAACCGCGGGGCAGCAGUGGACUUCACAGCAAGGAAUGGCAUCACACCCCUGCAUGUGGCCUCCAAGCGUGGCAACACAAACAUGGUUCGCCUGCUGCUGGACCGCGGUUCUCAGAUUGAUGCUAAAACCAGGGACGGCCUCACCCCCCUGCACUGUGCAGCCAGGAGUGGGCAUGAUGCUGCUGUGGAGCUGUUGCUGGAGAGAGGAGCACCGAUGCUGGCCAGGACCAAGAAUGGCCUCUCUCCUCUCCACAUGGCGGCUCAAGGCGACCAUGUUGAGUGUGUCAAACACCUUCUGCAGCACAAGGCGCCAGUUGAUGAUGUCACGUUGGACUACCUGACAGCGCUGCAUGUGGCAGCACACUGUGGUCACUACAGAGUCACUAAACUGUUGCUGGACAAGAGGGCCAACCCCAACGCUCGAGCACUGAACGGCUUCACCCCGCUGCACAUAGCCUGUAAGAAGAACAGAGUGAAGGUGAUGGAGCUGCUGGUUAAAUAUGGAGCCUCGAUCCAGGCCAUCACAGAGUCUGGUUUAACUCCCAUCCAUGUAGCGGCCUUUAUGGGUCACCUCAACAUUGUGUUGCUGCUGCUGCAGAAUGGAGCUUCGCCGGACGUCAGCAACAUUCGUGGGGAAACAGCGUUGCACAUGGCAGCCAGGGCGGGUCAGGUGGAAGUGGUCAGGUGUCUGCUGAGAAAUGGCGCAAUAGUGGAUGCACGGGCACGGGAGGACCAGACUCCCCUCCACAUUGCAUCUCGCCUGGGGAAGACGGAGAUCGUCCAGCUCCUGCUGCAGCACAUGGCUCAUCCUGAUGCUGCCACCACCAAUGGCUACACGCCCCUCCACAUCUCAGCCAGGGAGGGACAGGUGGAGACAGCCUCUGUCCUGCUGGAGGCUGGAGCCUCACACUCACUGGCCACCAAGAAAGGAUUCACUCCCCUGCAUGUGGCCUCCAAAUACGGAAGCCUGGAUGUAGCCAAACUUCUGCUGCAGCGCCGAGCUCCAUCUGAUUCUGCUGGGAAGAACGGCCUCACCCCGCUCCAUGUUGCAGCACACUAUGAUAACCAGAAGGUAGCACUCCUGCUUUUGGACAAAGGAGCGUCCCCCCACACCAUGGCCAAGAAUGGCUACACCCCUCUACACAUCGCAGCUAAGAAGAACCAGAUGGAAAUCGCCACAGUGCUGCUGCAGUACGGGGCAGAGACCAACAUCCUUACCAAGCAGGGAGUCACUCCACUCCACCUGGCCUCCCAGGAGGGUCAUGCCGACAUGGCUGCCCUGCUCCUGAGCAAGGGAGCCCAGGUCAACGUCCCCACCAAGAGUGGCCUGACCUCCCUGCAUCUGGCAGCCCAGGAGGACAAAGUUGCAGUGGCUGAGAUCCUGGCCAAAAACGGAGCAAACCUUGACCAGCAGACCAAAUUGGGCUACACCCCUCUGAUUGUAGCGUGUCACUAUGGUAAUGCCAAGAUGGUCAACUUCCUGCUACAAAACGGAGCCAGCGUCAACGCCAAGACCAAGAACGGAUACACUCCUCUUCACCAGGCAGCGCAGCAAGGAAACACACACAUCAUCAAUGUACUGCUACAGUACGGUGCCAAGCCCAAUGCUAUCACUGUGAACGGUAACACAGCUCUGGCCAUUGCUCGGCGGCUGGGCUACAUCUCUGUAGUCGACACACUGAGAGUCGUCACCGAGGAGAUCAUCACUACCACAACGACGGUGACGGAGAAACACAAGCUGAAUGUGCCAGAGACCAUGACCGAGGUGCUGGAUGUGUCAGAUGAGGAAGGUGACGACACAAUGACUGGUGAUGGAGGGGAGUAUCUGAGGGCCGAGGACCUCAGGGAGCUGGGAGAUGACUCCCUGCCUGGACAGUACCUGGAUGGAAUGAACUACCUCCGCUUCAGCCUGGAGGGUGCACGUACCGACAGUUCGGACAGGUCCUUCACCCCCACCCACCACAGUUACUACUCCCCUAAGCGUGAAGGCAUGGUGGAUGAGACACUUGCCAGUCACCAGUUUUCGGCACUUGCCAGGGAAAAUGAGAGAGAUUCAUACCGGCUGAGCUGGGGCACAGAGAACCUGGACAACGUGGCUUUAUCUUCCAGCCCCAUCCACUCUGGCCGUUCCUCUCCGUGCCAUGAUCAUGGAGACCACAGCAGCUUCCUUGUCAGCUUUAUGGUGGAUGCCAGGGGUGGAGCCAUGAGAGGUUGCCGGCACAAUGGACUACGCAUCAUCAUCCCACCCAGGAAGUGCAGCGCCCCCACACGGGUGACAUGUCGGCUGGUGAAGAGACACCGUCUGGCCACUAUGCCCCCUAUGGUAGAGGGUGAGGGCCUGGCUAGCAGGCUUAUCGAAGUGGGGCCGUCUGGAGCCCAGUUCCUCGGUAAACUACACCUCCCCACCGCCCCUCCACCUCUUAAUGAGGGCGAGAGUUUGGUUAGCCGAAUUCUCCAGCUUGGCCCGCCGGGAACAAAAUUCCUUGGUCCAGUAAUUGUGGAGAUCCCCCACUUUGCUGCCCUGCGGGGGAAGGAGAGGGAACUGGUGAUCCUGCGGAGCGAGACUGGAGAGAGCUGGAAGGAGCAUCACUGUGAACACACCCAGGAGGAACUCAACCAAAUACUCAACGGCAUGGACGAGGAGCUGGACACACCAGAGGAGCUGGACAGGAAACGCAUCUGCCGCAUCAUCACCAGAGAUUUCCCACAGUACUUUGCGGUUGUGUCACGCAUCAAGCAGGACAGUAAUCUGAUAGGUCCUGAGGGAGGCAUUCUGAGCAGCACUGUUGUGCCUCAAGUCCAGGCAGUUUUCCCCGAGGGCGCGCUCACCAAGAGGAUCAGGGUCGGCCUGCAGGCUCAGCCCAUGAGUAUAGAUGUGGUGAGAAAGAUCCUGGGGAACAAGGCCACAUUCAGCCCCAUCGUCACCCUGGAGCCCCGCAGGAGGAAGUUUCAUAAGCCCAUCACCAUGACUAUCCCCGUCCCCAAGAGCAACUCCGACCCAGUGGUCAACGGCUUCGGAGGGGACACACCCACUUUACGACUGCUCUGUAGUAUCACUGGUGGAACAACCCCCGCCCAAUGGGAGGACAUAACAGGAACCACACCCUUAACGUUCAUCAAUGACUGUGUCUCCUUCACCACCAAUGUGUCUGCCAGCAACACUCAGGAGCCAUGUGGCCGUCUGUCCUUUAUGAAAGAACCCAGGAACUACAGGUCACUGACCCCACAUGCCAUAUGCAACCUCAAUAUCACUCUCCCGUCAUACUCCAAGGAGUCCGAUUCAGACCAAGAGCAAGAGGAAGAGACCAGCAGAACACUAGAGAAAUAUGAAGAGACGGAGACAUCAGCCUUGAAAUCAGAGUUGAUUCGAGAACCAGACCUUCUAUCCGACGUGUCAGAGAUGAAACAAGACUUGAUCAAAAUGACUGCCAUCUUGACUGCAGACUCUACAGAGAAAUCUGCCUCUUUAGGAGGGGCUGGUCUAGAGAAAGGGGCUGAGGAGGUGUCUGGAGAGCCAUUAGAAAUAAUGGAGAAGGACUUAGAAAAAGUCAAAGAGGACCUAGAGAAAGUCAGUGAGAUUUUGAGGAGUGGAACAUAUGAUGGUAAAAUGGCAGAGGAGGCAUUAAAAGCAGCUAGAAUGGCAGAAGAGUGGGUCCUCCUUUCAGACAGUGAGAUAGAGGAGGCCAAAAAGAUGGCAGCUUUAGAAACUCAAGAACCUGUUUUACGUGAAAGUCGAGAACAAGGGGCUCCCAGACCCAAAGCUAUAAAGGACUGUGGUGACCUCAAAGAAUACCUUCUCGAUUCACCAGCCAGCCCUAAAACAAAAUCUAAAAAGGAGCCAGCGACCCAAGAAAAAUUCACUGAUGUUGUUCUACGCAAAAGCACAAAACCAUCUACUCCAACCAAAUGGCAGGAUAAAACAACUGUUGGCGAUAUCAAAAAGCCAGUCAGGAAAAAGGGGAAGGACCAGGGGCAGGCAGAGGAAUCUUCAGAAACAGGUGCCCUCCUAAGUGUGCCUACGGCUCCUGCGCCAGUAUCACCUGUAUCCCCAGUUGUUGAAGAAACUCCAAUUGGGUCAAUAAAAGACAAGGUUAAAGCCUUACAACAGAAAGUGGAGGCAGAACAAAAGAGCAAAAAAGUCACGGGAAGCAAACCUUCACAGUUGCCUGUUAUGAGUAAACCCUCUCCAAAAGCCAAAGAAAGCCCUAAAUCAAAACAGGGCCCCCCUAAGUCCCCCAAAGCUGAAUCUGAAAAACUUGAGGAGACCAUGUCAGUUAAAGAGCUGAUGCAAGCCUUCCAAACAGGGCAGGAUCCCUCAAAGAGAAAGUCUGGGCUUUUUGAACUCAAAACAUCCACUGUGGCAGCAUCAGAGAAAACUACAAAAUCACAAACAAUCCAGACAAAAUCCAUGACCAAAGCGAUAACCUCACGUGUCUCUCAAGAACGAGAAGUAUCUUUGGACUCCAAACCUCGCAAGAGAGAAACCACUCCACAAGACAAAGAGAAAGAAACAAAGUCCAUUGCUGACACCCAUUCAGAGCUAGCUGAAACUAUAGACUUUGGAACUGGUGGCCUUGAUGAUAGCUCUGAUAGUUUAAAACAUGAGGGUGUGGCAGACUCACUAAGUGCCAGUUCUGGAAAUGGAACCCCUCAUCUGAGCUCUGAGGACAGUUACAAACAUGAGGGUUUAGCUACUCCAGGCACAAGUCCUGAAAGUGUGUCUCUCUCUCCCAAAAAUGGAGAGCACACCUCCAAAUCAUUGACAGCCACUGCUUCAUCAAUCAGUCAAAGAGAAACAAAAGACAAAGAGAAGUCUGGAGACUCUGGUGUGGGGACCAUCGGUGACCAGUUGUCUGCAGAAUUGACCCUACCUGUCUCUUCCAGUGAGGCUGCAGAUGACCCCACCACAAGUGAGUCCAUAUCUGUUAAGAGGAGUGAAUCUAAGCCAUCUAAACCCCGCAAGCUUACGAAGAGAAUCUCAGAGACCUUAGAAACAUUUCUUAGUGAUGACGAAAGUCCUGAUGUUCAGCUAGCCUUACCUUUAGCUAGUUCUCCUGCUUCUAGAUCCUCUCAGUGUCAAGGAAGCUUAGAGCUACCUUUAAGACACCAAGACUCAGAUGCCCUCAGUCCAUUAGCUGAUGACUCUUUGACAAUUAGCCACAGAGACUCUCUAGAAGGUAGUCCUCUCAUGGAAGAAAACUCCUCCCAUAAGUCCCCAGACUCUAUUGAACCCAGCCCCACCAAGGAAUCACCCUGUCGUGACUCCUUAGAAAGCAGCCCUGUAGAACAAAAAUGUCAACCAGCCUUCCCACCAACACUAGGUCAGCAAAGUAAAUCCUCUAGCCACCCGGAACCCUCCAAAGUUCCAGAAUUUCCCCAAGAUGCUUUGCGUAGUAGGCUUCUGCGAGACCAUGAGGCUAGUGCUGAUGAUGACAGUUGUGAGCAGACGUCUCAGAUGACAAGUUCUGGUAAGAGUCCUCUCUCCCCUGACACCCCUAGCUCUGAAGAGGUAAGUUAUGAGGUAAACCCCAAACCCCCUGACAAUAUGUUCCUCUCUGUUCAAUCUAAACCGGCUGUCAUCCCCGAAGACCCAGAGGAAGAGGACACAUCAGAGAGCUGUGAAGCUCAGAGGAAAUUCACUCCAGAGGAGGAGAUGUUUAAGAUGGCAGCCAAAAUAAAGACAUUUGAUGAAAUGGAACAAGAAGCAAGGAGCAAAAAGAACUCUAGGAAAGAUAUGAGUCCUUCAGCAGAUCUUGAAAUAGGGGAUGACAGCUGUAAAACAUUAGAUCCCACAAUUGAGAAACCUUCGAAGGGUGAAAGUGGGCUCACUAGGUCCAGAGAGGAUUCAGAGUUAGCUCUUUUUGUUGAUCCCCAUAUUAAAGUACAACCUCCCUCUCCUUUUCCAGCAGGUUUGCAUGAAGGCUUCCACAGCAAAGAGGUCAAGAGCACAACUACAACAGCCAGUGUCACUUCAGAGGGACCUCACUCUGUCUCAGAUAAGCAUUAUUCAAAAUCUAAAGGGAAUACUGAACAAGCACAGAAGGUCCUACCAACUGUAACAACUGACAAAGACAGUGUUGCCAACAUGGUUGUUGUUCCAUCAAGAUCUGCAAACAUAACAGAUGAGCAAAAGGAGGAGAGCUUGAGGAAAUCACAGGAAAACAAAGGAGAAGAUCAUGAAGGUCAAGCAUUAGGUGUUCACAUUCUACAGUCUGAUGUAACGAAACCAGGUAGCAAUGUAACAGAUGAAGUGAAAGGAGAUCAGAAGGGACAUACAGGAACUCCACUUGCUCCGAUUGUCAUUGGACAAAAAAAGGAGCUGUUUAAACCAGAAGUCUGUAUCUAUGAUGACACUGAAGAGGAUGAUGAAGUGGUUGAGCUUCCCAGAACUGAGUCAAAGGGUGUCACUGCAAGAGCAGAAGCUGACCCCUGGACUACUGUACGAGAGGAUGAUGCUGCUUUUGCAGCUCGAGUCAAAGAGGAGGAACAGAAGAUACUGAACUUGAUGGUGGACCGUCAGUCUCAGCAGGCAACCCCAGAUACAACACCUGGUAGAACUCCUACGGAAGAGAGCACUCCUACCAGUGAACCCAAUCCCUUCUUAUUCCAAGAAGGGAAGCUCUUUGAGAUGACCCGGAGUGGUGCUAUUGAUAUGACUAAGAGGAGUUAUGAAGAAGAGGGGAGUGGCUUUGCCUUUUUCCAGAUAGGUGAACAGCCUUUAGAGGAGCCUGCCUCAGAUGAGGCCAGGCAAGAAGGUAGGAGAUCAGCAGCUGAAACAGAAGUUGGCCUCAAUCUAACCUUAGAGAUUAAGACUGAGGAUGAUGUGAAAUCAAAAGAUAAAGAAACCACUGAUCCUGUACAUCUAUCUUCUCUUGAGGAUGAUCAGACAGCCUCAAAAUCGGAUUUCUCCAAAUCUAAAAUUCCUAGAAUGGGCAUUUCAGCUUCAGCCAAACCCACAAAGAAAGAUGAAACAUCACCUGAAGGUCCAGAGGCCAAGGCAGGUAAAACUUUAGAUGAAGGCCCCUUAGAUUUAGAAACAACUUCUGCUGACCCAAUGAUAACGAAUGUACAGACAGCGGAAACCACUGUCACUAGAUCUGUGUACUCUGAGCAAGGCCAGGAGUCCUCAGAUUCUUCUCCAGAGGAACCACAGUCAGUCAUAGAAGCUCCCAAACCAGCAGGAAAGUCCAAACAAACUUCUGCCAGUAGUGUAAAAAAGACCUCAACCAAAACUCAAGCUAAAUCUGUCCCUCAAGGUUGGGGUAAAUCCACAACAUCUUCUCCAUAUCAUACAGCUCCCUCUUCAACCAGUCUUAAAAAAGAGGCCUCUUCCACUGUUGAGUCUAAAUCUAGAAUUCCCAUCAAGGCUAGCACUCUCAAGCCUGAUUCUGCUAUCAAACGUAAUGAAUCUACGCAAGAAAAAAAGCUUAAGGUCCCAGUAAAAAAGGACAGUAGGAGAAAAUCUGAGACAGAUGCAGGUCCCUCUAUGGAUUCCAAAACCAAGACAUCUUCCAAAGCCAAGAGCUUCUGUGAGGGCGAGUCAACGCGGCCAUCUGCUAAAAAGGAACAGGGUCGUCCCUUGAGUGUAGAGUCAGCUAAGUCUAAAGGCUUCCAGUCCAGACUGCCAGUCAGAGGUAAAGCCGGGCAACCAUCUCACACAUCAACUUCCACUAAAGAGAAAAGUGAGCCACGCAAACAAUCCAUUGACUUCUUUGAAGAGAUUUCCGAUGAAGCAGCAAAACUUGUGGAGAGAUUGGCACAGGCAGAGAAAGACAAAGAGCAAGACGCUGCAGCCACCAAUUCAGACGAUGAGAGCAGUCUCAUUGAUCCAUCGAUCAUAGAAAAAGAAACUUUCCCUGAAAUGCAGUUCCCUCCCUCAGGAGACGUCUUUCCCAUUAGACCACUGUGGGAUGACCCUGUUGAGACGCAGAUGCAACGAAUCCCAGAUGAUAAAGCCCAAAGUCAAGUAGAUCCACAGGAUGAAGCAGAGAGAAAAGAGCAACGGUUGGCCAUCAUAGCCGACCACCUGGGCUUCAGCUGGGCGGAGCUGGCAAGAGAAUUAGACUUCAGUGAGGAGAGGAUCAACCUGAUAAGGAUCGAAAACCCCAACUCACUCCAAGACCAAAGCCAUGCCCUUUUGAAACUAUGGACGGAAAGGGAGGGAGUAUAUGCUACAGAAACUACACUGAUCAAAAAACUGACCAAGAUCAACCGAAUGGACAUUGUUCACCUCAUUGAAACCAAGAUAAUCAAGUCCACUCAGGAGGAGACAUCAUCACACACCUAUGCAGAGAUAGAGCGGACUAUAGCCCUGGAUCAUAGUGAAGGUUUCUCUGCCCUUCAUGAAGACAUUGACAGCCCCAGGCCAGGUAGGCGUGCAGAAACCACAACUAGCAGUCUAGGCUUAACCCAAAAAGUACCCAUGGUAUCAGCAGAAGACCUGUCAUCCAGUUUGUCAUCACUGCAUGAGGCAACAGGGCGGGCAGAGACAGACUCAUCAGCAGCAGGCCUCCUUAGACAUGCCCAGAGAGAAAAACUGCAAAAAGAGAUGGAAAUAACACACUUAUCACAAAGAGUAUAUGAGGAGGGAGCAGACUCUGUACACAUGGGCACUUUGAAACAUGAGAUAGCAGAAGAGCUAGGGAUGCUGUCCUCUGAUAGCUCAGAGGAGGAGGUGCUGACCACCAGGGUGGUCCGACGAAGAGUUAUCAUCCAGGCAGACACGUUACCAGAUAUUGCACCACAGACAGUGACAGAGGAAAAAUACACAGAUGAGCAUGGGAACAUGGUAGUUAAGAAAAUCACACGGAAGGUGAUUCGUAAAUAUGUAUCAGCAGAUGGGGUGGAGAGGCAGGAGGUGACCAUGGAGGGCUCUCAUCAGGAGAUGGUGCGGGUAGAGGAGGGAGAUGCUGUCUCCAAAGUUGUGAAGAGGACUGUAGUUCGAAGUGAAGGAGAUCAGAAAGAAUUGACCUUCUCGGAUCCCCUGGCCCUGGGUGCCGCCACAACCUCAGAGUUUGAGGUGGAACCGGUGCAAGGUCGAAAGGUCAGCAAAGUUGUCAAGACAACGGUGGUGAAAGGCGAGAGGAUGGAGAAGCAGAUGGGCGACCCCACGCUUGCUGCAGAUCUCCCCUCGGCCAAAGAGGACUUUGAGAAGGCAUUGAGUUAUGCUGGAGGCUUUGGGAAAAUCCUCCUGCCUCAUUUAGUAGAGAGAGAGGUUGUGCAGGAUGACGGUUCUGUGGUUAAAAGAACCAAGAUGCGUAAGUCGCGCACUCAGAAGAGGACUGUGGUGAGGGAUGCCCAGGGGAAGCAUGUGCACCUGGAGCGGCUGGACGACACCCCGGAGGCCCUGCAGCCCGACGCCCUUCAGCAGCAUCUGCACCGACUGCUCCAACGCUACUGCCAGGAGGACCGGGAGGAGGAGGAGGACGGAGAUGAGAAGGAGGAAGAGGAGGAGGCGGAGGAGGAGAGUUUCGAGUGACCGGCUGCUUCUACUGACUUGUCCCUGCUGAUCCCUGCCGUAAAGUGCACCCACCUUCUUGCUGCCACACACAGACACCUGUGGUGAUGUAAACUCCCCCUAGACCACCAUGUUUUCUGAUCUCCUGCCCCCUCAUUGUCCUGCUGCUCAAUGGAUUUGGUAUUUUUUGUUUGUUUGAUCGUUUGUUUUUUUGAUUGAUUUAUUUCUUCCCCUCCUCUCUGUGGCGAAUAAUGGAACAAUAUUUCUGUGCUUUAACAAUUUUUCUUCCUUUCGACAUUGUGUCUCUUUUGCUCAUUUUGUGACCAAAGAUAGCGACCCUGUUUUUCUGGCGAGUGACUUAUGACCGUAGGUGUUUUUCAGUGGUAUCCCUAUGUGUUUUUUUUUUUUUUUUUCUUUCUGUUACCUAGUGUUGUUUUGGCUGCUGUGGUACAAUUAAGGUACAAUGCAAACAAAAUGCAAAGGUGGAUCAAAGUCGAGGGGCAUCUUGGACGUUUGCCUCAUGCACGGGCCUCUUCUUGAAGGACAAUUGUAAACAUUUGUACAUAGAGGAGAUAAAAAAAAAAAAUCACACCUGGACUAGGAAAAAUUUCAAAGCAUUUAAUACGUUAGCCCACCUAAAACCUGCUGUACACGUACAUGCACCCGAGGUUUAAGUUCCAGAAUGGCCACAGUCAAGAUGAGAUUAAUGUUCCAUAGAAAACAAAAUCAAUUAGAGGAGCUUUGGGAGGAUGACUACGAGAGGAACGGAUGCGUCAGUGUUUCAUCGUCAACUCUUUUUAGGAAUCACAGAAGCUCAGAGACAGCGAGAGCCCAGCACCUGCGUUCAGCCAUCACUCAGCCUGUCGUCUCCACCACUGCUCUGUUUACAACGCUAGUGCAGAUUUUCAUGUGUGUGUAGUUUGGGCUCUUCUCUUCCCACGAUGUAAAAUGCCUGUUUUUUUUUUUUUUGUUGUUGUUUUUUUAAUGUGUCUGUCUUUCUAACACGUGUUGUGCAUUCACACUUUAUUUUUGAGACCUGCCGCCUCUGUGUGUGUAUAUAUGUCUGUGUGUGUGUGUAUGUGUGCGGGGGGUGUUAGCGCAUUGGCUUUGCAGCCGUGCAAAAAGAAAGUAGUGAUCAGGAAUGUUCUCUUGUAUGAUUUUGUCAUUCCUGACGCGCAGACUGAGCACUUAACCCGUCGCCCUCUCGGUUCAUCACAUCUGUAGGUAAACUUGUCGUUUCACCCACGACCUUCAUGUGUGUUGUUGAACCCGUUCCCCUUCUCACCCUAAACCGUUAUAUGAUUGUCUUUGAUCGAGCCUGGUACGUUGGGCCGAAUGAUAUGGUGACAAUAAACAAACAAACAACAAAAAAAAACAUAUUGUGAUUAAUUUUCACGGAUGUUGUGAUAUCAUUUUGGCAUUUUCAUUUUCACUGAAAAUGCUAUUAAAAUGACAAUGGUGUGAUUUUUUUUCUGGAGUCUGUACCAAACAUGUUCAGUACAUCUGGAAAACACAAUGUGUAGGACAGGGGAUCUCUGUAGCACCAGGAAAAUGUAUUUCCGUUUUGUCACACAGUUACCUUUAUCAGACAACUGCAGCUCCUGCCAUUUGGACAUUGCACUUGGCCAUAUUGUGAUUUCAAUUAUGUUUUGAUUUAUGCUGAGCCCUGCUGAUAAGAUUGUACAUUUGGGAAAGGUAUGCAGAAAGACACCAAACUCAUGAUGGACAUGAUUUGAUUUGAUGGCUGUUGUUCAUUUGACUUUUUCUUGUCGUCACUGGUAUGAGAUGAUGGAGGCCCCGGGGCCCGACACAUGCAUCCCGUUUGAAAGACUGAGUGACUCCAGCUGACUGUCGCGAGCCCUCCGUCCACUCAGCUGCACAACAUGAUCGAGUACCGAGGCAUUUCCUUUGAAUUCUUUUUUAUUUAUUGCCAUCCAUUUGUGAUCCUCCUGUGCUCCAGAAUUUGAACCUGUGAGCGGUGUGUGUGUUUGGGUGUGUGUUUGAAUGUAUUCUGAAGAUAUAAGUAAUGACAAAUGAGAAGGAACUGAGAACAUGUUUUUUUUGUUAUUGUUUUGUUGUUUUGUUUUGUUGGUUUUUUUUGUUUGUUUUGUUUUUGUUUUUUGACUGAAUACUUGCCAUUGUACACAAACAGGGUCUCAACUGAAUUCUGGAUCAAUAACAGAAGUCAAGUCAGACCCUGGCAUGGCCUGACAAAGUAUCUUUGGUGUUCUUUACGGUACAGACUUUAUCUAUGUAACAAUACGGUCCUCACGUUGCCAUUUACUUUGAGUGUGAUCAAAUGCGAAACUAAAAGAAAUGUCAGACAGUUUCCAUUGAUUUGAUAAACAAGCAUCUUGUUUUCAUGGUGAUAACAAUAUAUACAUAUUUACAGUACAAAUAUCUAUGCGGGCAUGUAUUAGUUAUCAAAUUAUUACUAAAAACAAAAAAAAAAAACUAAAAUGCUAACAAGGCAUAGCAGCUGCAGUGUGUACAUGGCAGAAAAUAAAAUUGUACAUGUGUCAAAUGUGAA